CAUCUUAUUACCCUGCGCGUUCUGGUCUGAUAUAAAAGCCUGUACAGGAGCGUCGAGCCAUCAGACACACGCACAGUCAACCCGAGUGAGAACGAGGCAAACUUGUUUUCCUCGCUCGGACCCGUAUUUCAUCAAUCAAGAGGGAGAAAACAACAAGGACGCCCACCUUUUUUUGCGCAAGAUUAUUUGGAAUUAUUUCAUACAGGGAUUUCCCCCAAGGAUCAUUCUGCUGCGGAUUAUUUAUUGACAAAAAGAUCCUAAAUAAAAAAGAGGCUUGUCUCGGAGAAGAGAAGACAAUCAUAAGGAAAGUGAAUUCUGAUUUAAGGACGAGCCCAUCAAACUUUCUCCAUGUUUUUUUGAGUUGAGCUGCACCAACCUGUGGAACUUUGAGCGAUUGUUUUGAACGGGCUGUCAACACAAUGGGACGCCUGUGUCUGACCUUAGUUGUCACGCUCUCCCUUUUCACCUGCCAGGUUUUGUGCUCGGGGGUGUUUGAGCUCAAGCUACAAGAAUUUCUAAACAAAAAAGGGGUGUCGGGCAACGCCAAUUGUUGCCCCAGCGGCGGCGGCGGUUCGGCUCAUCAGCUGGGCCACCAGCAGUGCGAGUGCAAGACUUUCUUCCGGAUCUGUCUAAAGCACUACCAGGCCAACGUGUCUCCUGAGCCCCCCUGCACGUACGGCGGUGCGGUGACCCCAGUUCUGGGCUCCAACUCCUUCCAGGUCCCUGAAACGAACGCGGACACCUUCACCAACCCGAUCCGCUUCAAUUUCGGCUUCACAUGGCCGGGGACAUUUUCACUGAUCAUUGAGGCUCUGCACACAGACUCCCUGGACGACCUGGCAACAGACAACCCAGAGCACCUCAUCAGCCGCAUCACCACUCAGCGUCACCUAACAGUUGGAGAGGAAUGGUCCAAAGACAUGCAGACAGCAGGCAGGACGGAGCUACGUUACUCCUACCGCUUCCUGUGUGACGAGCAUUAUUAUGGCGAGGGCUGCUCCGUGUUCUGUCGGCCCCGAGACGAUGCCUUUGGACACUUCACCUGUGGAGAGCGUGGCGAGAUCAUUUGCAACUCUGGCUGGAAGGGACAGUACUGCACUGAACCAAUUUGUCUCCCUGGCUGCGAUGAAGAUCACGGCUUCUGUGAGAAACCUGGUGAAUGCAAGUGCCGCGUGGGAUUCAGUGGUCGUUACUGUGAUGACUGUAUCCGUUACCCGGGCUGCCUCCAUGGUACGUGCCAACAACCCUGGCAGUGCAACUGCCAGGAGGGAUGGGGCGGCCUCUUCUGCAACCAGGAUCUCAACUACUGUACACACCACAAGCCAUGUCUCAAUGGUGCCACAUGUACCAACACUGGCCAGGGCAGCUACACAUGCUCCUGUCCACCUGGCUAUACAGGUGCCAGCUGUGAGAUUGAGGUCAAUGAAUGUUCUGGAAACCCCUGUCGCAAUGGUGGCAGCUGCUCCGACCAAGACGGAAGCUAUCAGUGCACCUGUCCACUUGGUUUCUAUGGCAAAAACUGUGAGUUGAGUGCCAGUAGCUGUGCGGAUGGGCCUUGCUUCAAUGCUGGACGCUGUGUCGACAACCCGGAGGGGGGCUACUUCUGUCAGUGCCCCAUGGGAUACGCUGGAUUCAAUUGUGAAAAAAAAAUUGACCACUGCUCAUCCAACCCCUGCUUGAAUGGAGCAGAAUGUGUGGAUUUAGUGAACUCGUACCUCUGUCAGUGUACUGAAGGCUUUUCUGGUACCAACUGUGAGGACAGUAGCAGUGGCCUCUCUGGACAUUGUCUGUCUUUUCCUUGUCAGAAUGGUGGGACAUGCCAGGAGGGAGUAAAUGGCUACACAUGCACCUGCCCACCAGGGUAUACUGGCAAAAACUGCAGUUCCCCCAUCUCCCGCUGUGCUCACAAUCCUUGCCACAAUGGAGCCACUUGCCAUGAGCGCGGUGGUCGCUAUGUGUGCGCCUGCUUGCCAGACUACGGCGGGCACAACUGCCAGUUCCUCUUACCAGAAGUUCCCAAGGGUCAGCCGGUGGUGGAUGGACCGGACCGGCGAUAUUCCUCACUGGAAAGCGAAAGUUUUGACGAUGACGACAACGACGACAGCGGCUUUCCCUGGACUGCCGUGUGCGCUGGCGUCUUCCUAGUUCUGGUGAUUCUCAUCGGUUGCUCUGUGUUGGUGGUCUACGCUCGGGUCAAACUACAGGAGCGGCACAGUCAUCGCAGCGACAGCGUUCGAAGCGACAGCCACGAAACAAUGAACAACCUGACGACCACCAACAAUUGCCUCCGCAGUGACAAGGAGCUGGUCACUGUCAUGACAACAUCCAUUAAAAACACCAACAAAAAGGCAGAUUACCAUUCUGAACUGGCUGGUUCACUUGGUGGUCUGAGUGGGACCAGCGGGCUGAAUGGGCUUGGUGGAUCAGAGAAGCAAGGCUUCAAGUCUCGCUACUCCAGUGUGGAGUAUAACCUCGUUCACGAGUUGCGGCCUGAGGAGGUGUCACUGUGCAAACAGGAGGACCAUGACGUGCCAGAGGUGAAGUGUGAGCUGCUGGGAGAGUCUGAUACUGAGGAAAUAUGCAGGAAAAGACAGAACAGUGAUGUAUCAGAAGCGAAACAAGUGGAAGAGUCACCAAGCUGCAGCGAAACCAUGUAUCCAUCAUCCUACGAUCUGAAGCAACAUGCCGCCAGUGAUCUUAAAUCCCAAUCAUCCAGUGAUGUCAAAUACCCGUCAAGCUGUGAUGUUGAAUAUCACUGCAGCGCCAGUGGUGAGAGCAAGUACCAGUGCGCCACAGACACCAAAUACCAGUCUGUGUACGUCAUGUCAGACCAGAAAGACGAGUGCUUAAUCGCGACAGAGGUAUGAUACUCAUCAUGAUCAAGUUCCAACCCGAUCCCUCUGGGCGAUGGUGGUCCUCGCUAACCCUGAGCAGUACAGCUCAGCUUGUCUCCGGGAGGUUUUACUCCUGCGGUUUGCUGCUGUUCCCUGGAAUUUACCGAAGGAUCCUGGAGCCAAGGUGACACUGAACCAAUGCAGAGUCAGUGAAUUUUGGACAAUGAUGACCUCAAAUGAGGAUGUCGCUUUCAUACUUGAUGCUCAGCCCUACAAAGUAUCUUCCAAGCACCUGAAGUAGCGCAUGCCUUGUUCAAAUUUGAAACAAUGAUGGACUCAUGCUAUCCAAUGACUUUUGCUGAAGGACAAUGGAAGAGCUUCAUAUCUAAUACAGUAUUGGCAUCGAGGUGGAUCCAAGGGAGCGUUGGCCUGGAUGAUGAAAUAGUAGUACCGUGGAGUACUGAUCGAAUGAACAGAGUGGUACCUUUGGAGUACUGAGAGCUUAUGA